AUGGAAAGUAUUGCAGCAACAGAGUCGCAAUGGCUAUCGCAGCUGGCGGCCAUGCGCCAGGCGAUCGCCGAUUUGAAGCUCCCGCAAGACAUCAACCAAGAACCGAUCGGCUACGGAAGUGACCUUGAUCUAGAUAUCGACGAUGAUUAUUCUUCCCCCGGGACAGUCGACGAUGUGUGGGAUAUCAUCAGCUCCGAUGAUGAGACCUCGGAUGACUUGGAAAGCUUUGAUGGACUCGAUGAACCUCAGCCCGCACCAGGAUCAUCCUACAACCGGGCAUGGCUGGAAGGCAAGUGCCAGGACAUCGCCAUGCGCAAUUCGAGCAUGGACUCCUCGGAACUUGCCCAGCAACUCAUUGCCACCCUCGCAGCGGACAGCAAUGACGAAGAGCUUCAGAUGUCUUUGGCGGAGAUUGUUGGCUUCGAUGACCUGGACCUGGUCAUCGACCUCAUCGCACACAGGGAGGAAGUUCUUUCCGACAAGGGCCACCGCUUGGAGGAUCAAACAGAUGGACUUAUGGGCGGGAAACUCUUAACGCGGGCGGAGAGAGAACGUGCGCUCCAACAGCGCGACUUCGAGCAUAAGAACGCAAUGUUGAUGCCUGCCCAAACCCGAUCAGAGCCCUCAUACCCACAUCAAGCAGAUUGA